UCCCCAGCUAGGGUGGCCAGAUCCAGAUGUCCUGACUUUAUAGGGCCAGUCCCGAUAUUUGGGGCUUUGUCUUAUAUAGGCAUCAAUUACCCCCACCUAGAGUGACCAGACAGAAAGUGUGAAAAAUCAGGACAGGGAUGGGGGGGGGGGUGUAAAAGGAGCCUAUAUAAGAAAAAGACCCCAAAAUUGGGACUGUCCCUAUAAAAUAGGGAUAUCUGAUCACUGUACCCCAAUCCCCUAUCCUGAUUUUUCACACAUUUGGCUAACCCUAGCCAAGCCCUGUGUGACAUUGCAAUCCUGGCUGCCUGCCGAGGAAGUGAGUUACUUUCACUUUCAUUCCUCAGCAGGCAGCCAGCCAGCCCUCCCCCCACCUAUCCCCCAGCACCUCACCCAACCCAGCCCUGACGGAGGGGAGGGAGGAGAGAGAGAGGGGUGCUCCUGGGGAGGAGGGAGAAAGGAGGGGGUGCUCCAUGGGGUGGGGCGGAGAAGAAUGGAUGUUAUGGGGGACAACAAAGGAUACUGGUUCCAGAGCCACAGAGCCUGCCUCACCUCACCUCAGCCGGGGGGAAAGAGUCACACUCACAGCCAAGAAGCCAGAAGGCAGCAAAGCAGUUGGUCGGUCCCUUCAAAAGAAGAUGGAGGAGAAGCGAGGGGAGAAACGGAAAGCAGCUGAGCUGGAUGACAACAGAAAGAAGAUGGGAAUCCCAGCAUCUAUCCGCAUGCCCUCCAGUUGUGUGCACUGGGCCAGCUGUAGCUGUAACUGGAUGAUGGAAGGAUUGGUUGGAGCAGCUGGGCAGAGCUGUGACUGUGCUACUCAGAGAGGUGCAUGUGAAACUUGGGGGGUGCAAUUCUGCCUCAUUUCUGUGCUCAGUGUUGCAGGCUUUGUCAGCAGAGGUGCCCAAGGGUGUGUUCUUGCCAUGGGGGUUGUCAGCACUCUGGUGGCGUAUGUUUGAGUGAUCUGUGGGGCUUAGUGAGGGGUAAGUGAAGGCAGUGACUCAAAAGGAAAAUUCAGGUUGAGGGCAAAGGGGUGGUAACAGUGUGCAAGUCUCAGAUGGUCUGUGUGCAGGAGGUUCAGUACUUGAGAGUAGGCCAGGGGGAGGAAGCUUCUCUUUGCUAUGAUGGAGAUGAACCCGAAUAUUAUCUUAGCAAGGAGAAGUUGUGAGACUUUCUGCUGUACUGCUCUGUUCCCAGUGCGCUCUGUAAUGGGAGGGGAGAGGGCUAGUACGUGUGUCACUGGCAUGUUGGGGUGAUGAUGAAGCAGAGCAGAGGUGGCAUUGUGGGGCUGGCGUGAACCUUAACUUUUCAUUUCCCCUUCCAAGAACCGAGGGAAC